GUGGAAAGGUGAAAGAGAUGGAUCCAAAGAUUCGAAGCCAUCUCAAGGACUAUAUCGCUGAGCCAAACAAGGCUGGCGUUCCAAACUCUGUGGCCAAGGCGAAUAAUAACAAGGGAAAAGCACGAGAUAAAAGUAUCAAACUCGACCGUGAAUCGUUACCUUAAAGCCUCCAAUUGUUAUUGGGGUAAAGGGGUAAGGAAAUCCAUCAUGCACGAUUCUCCACAGAUCGUGCAGUAUCGGUACAAGUACCUGACCGAACGCCUUUCUAAUCUCAAAGUGGUUGAAGGUAAGGUAGUACCGAUACGGCCCGAAGUUUCCCUUGACGAGAGCUAUUGCCAUAUCAACCAUUCCUCAGCAAACCGAUGGGUUGAGCGUGGAGGCGACUCUGUGCAGGAACCAUCCCGCCAACCACUGCUCGUAAUGUUUGCUGCAUUUGUAGUUUAUUACGAUGAGGAUAAAGGGGAAACGGUUGGGAAAUUCGUGAACGACAGCGUUCACAUUUGGCCAGCGCGUGGGAAGGCACCCCUCCAAGUAAGGACGGCUCAGCAAAACCAGUCAAGGGACGAUAUGCGGGACAAUAGAAAUAUCUUUGCAGACCACGACUAUCAUGGGUAUUUUAAUCUUUGCUUCGAUAUCCACCAAGAUCACCCGGAAGUGGACCGAAGACUACGCAAAAUUUUCGCAAAUCUGUCUGGCAACAAUACUCUCUGGAAAGAACCGCCGAAGACGGAGCAAAGCCUGUUUGACUGCAUUUUAAAUCCAAUUUUACGUGCGGUUUUCGGUGAUGUGCAUCCAGAGUCCAGUUCCCAGGCAGGAAUGAAGAUGCCCGUUCCUUCCUAUUACACACAGACCCUUUUCCCGGACGAGCAAUGGUCAGUUAAAGGACUGGUCACCAUAGUGUCUGAAGGCAAACGUGACAACUCUUCUCUCGCCCUUCUGAAGAGUGAUAAAAGAAAGCUAUUUCACCUUCAGAAGCUUGCGCUAGAUUUGCUCCUCGUCAAUGGCGUGACGAAGCCCUAAGUUCUUGGGAUUCUAGUGCAAGAGGGCAUGAUGCAAUUUUUCGUGCUUAGUUUGGAGUAUGAAGCCCUCUAUAUGGCAAAGGAAAUAGGGGGGUUUACUUUUCCAAGAGACAACACGACUUUCCGAUACAUUGAGGAGGGUCUAAAUAUCUUGCUAAAAGCACGGGAAAUUCUCGAGGAGAUGAGUGAAAAGGUCAAUGCGGAGGUCACCCUGCCUUUGACGAACAUUGUAGCAACAGACAUCAUGGAGCGGGAAGAGAAUAUGCGCAAGGAUUGGAUGCGGCCUUCUUUUGACUUUAGAAAAG